AAGCGCUCCGUCCCUAUCCGAGCUUCGGGAAAGAGUUCACCUUCCUGAAAAGAAGUCCCAGGCUUUCCCAGAGGACUUCAACCAGCCACACUAAAUUCUGCCGCAAGUAGGUUCCUUUCUCUAUUUCAACUUCACGUUGGGAAAAUGACUUUCUCUCCAGCAUCUCAAUCUCCCCUCAAUUUGGGCAAGUGAAGAGACAUCAAUCUGAUUAUCCAGUAGGACGGACAGAGGGCGGCGGCCCGCACUUGCCACUGUAAACUUUGAUUCCACGCGAGUUGCUGUGUGUAUAACUUACUCGCUAAGAAGAGCCACGCUGGGGAGGUGCUCGACAGACCGGCACACACGCAGGUCCCGAGCCCGCGAGUGAACUCCACGCCUCCCUCCUUCCGGCGGGAGAUGAAGUCCUGCAAGCCCGGCAACCCCGCCGCCGCCGCGCGCGCCGCGCCCCCAUGCGCGGGCGGCGCCGAGUGCGCGGGCACGUGCGCCGGGGCCGGGCGGCUGGAGAGCGCGGCGCGCAGGCGCCUGGCGGCCAACGCGCGCGAGCGCCGGCGCAUGCAGGGUCUCAACACCGCCUUCGACCGCUUGCGCAGGGUGGUGCCUCAGUGGGGCCAGGAUAAAAAGCUGUCCAAGUAUGAGACCCUGCAGAUGGCGCUGAGCUACAUCAUGGCACUGACUCGCAUCCUGGCCGAGGCUGAGCGAUUUGGCUCAGAGCGGGACUGGGUCAAUCUCCACUGUGAGCACUUCGGCCGCGACCACUACCUCCCGUUUGCGGGAGCGAAGCUGCCGGGCGAGAGCGAGCCCUACGGCCAGAGGCUCUUCGGCUUCCAGCCCGAGCCCUUCCAGAUGGCCAGUUAGGGCGCGCGACCUCGCGGGGGUGAUGCCCAGUGAUGGAGCUCGGGAGCCGCAACCUUUUCCCCAGUUGCUGCAGGGGCUUUCGGUGGUUUAAGAUGCAUUCUUAGAAUAAAAUUAGCAGACUUCCAGGUUACUUGUAUGCGCAUCGCCAGUUCUAUGGACACAAUGAUUUUAUUGCCUUUCGUUUUCCCUUAUCAGUAUUGUGUAGAUUUCAUUGAUGGAUCUUGUGGAUGGUUUUGAUUGCUGUGAAAAUAAUGCUCCCCUCUCCCUUUUCUGGACUACUUUGAGGGAAAACAAUCUUAAGAAAAAAAUAGAAUUGAAAUAUAUUGCAGUUUUAGUCCUCAGAGAAAUAAUCACAUCCUUAAACUUUGUAAGUUUGUCCUGUUCUGGUGAAGUUACAAUAUCCGCUACUUGUACAUGCUUAAAACAGAGCUACCUUCCUGUGGUAUAAAUGCAUUUAUGCUUAGUGCAUCGUGUGUGCAUGCAUGUAGUCAGACUUUUUUUUGGUAGAGUACAUGGGCGUGAAUGCGCUGUAUUUUUAAAAACUAUACAUUAUUAAAAUAGAGAUUUUAUAAAAUAUAAAUAAAAACAUGGGUUUGUUUUUCAUGCCAGAUGUCCAGCUAGUUCCUGAUGGCACUAACAGCCUAUUUGGGGAUGAUGACAUUGAGUGCUUCCCUGAGCAGAGAUGUGGAAUGUUUAGAUCUAAUCAGACCAAUGGCAAAUGUGUUGCUUUGUAAUGCUUCCUCAAAAAAGACAAGCUGAUGAGAGUACGAGUAAUUAAUUGGAAAAUUUUCUCUGUCAACUUGGAAAUAUAGAUGUAUUUUUCAUGUUUUUAAUGAUUAUUAAUUGAAAUAAUAUUUAACUUUUAAGUAACUAGAUAUAUAGUCUCAAUAUUUUAUUUUCCUUAUUAAGCCAGUUACUAUUAAUUCCUUAGAAGAACUAUAUAUAUAUAGUUCCUAUAUUUGUUCAUAUAUAUAUAUAUAUAUAUAUAUGAACUAACCCUGAGAGAAAUUAAAAAAAAUGUUGCUUUUUGAAAUGAUUUCCUUUUAAUAAGCACAAACUGAGUAAUAAGAGUUUCACUACCAUGAAGGCUGAUCAAGAUGGGAGCAAAAUAAUGCAUGUGGCAUUUGUUUGGAUUACUUUUAUAAAUUUGCUUAAGCAUUGGAUAAAUAAACCAAACCCUUAAUGUAAGGAGUGACUUUGUGGUCAACAGCACUGCAUGCAUUUGGGAAAAUGUCUUGCUAAUAAUUAGAAAAAGUAGGACUCUAAGUUAUCUUCGCAUUUUGAUUUUGUCACAAAUCAACAAAAAACAACGACAUUCCCCCAAACUAAUUUUUUAUAAAUUCCAACACCAAACAUCAGAUACAACCAUCUACUUACAACUUAACUACAGAGAGUCUCCAUGAACAUUUUUAUUUUCUUAGUUAUCCAUAAUUAUCACAGUCCAUUUGGUUUGCAAC